AUGCCAUUGCAACGACUUCAAGCACUGGAUAUUGUGAAGAUCCUUCUAAAGCCUCUGAGUCAAAAUAUCAACAUCAAAUAUUUUUUCCCUGCUCAAACAUCAUUAUUAUUUUCACGUUUGUUUGUUUAUUGUUCCGCUUUUACUCCCACUCAACAGCUUCAGUUAAUGUCGACCCACAUCGUCGGGAUAGAUUGUCAGCAAUUUAAAUGCAACAUCAAGGACAGACAAAAUACGAGCGGGGAAAGGAAUUUAAAAUUGGGGAAUGAUGCGAGAAAAUUUGUUAGAGAUUUUCCGCAAGAAUUGAAAGCACCAUGGCAAUCAUCUGAGAUUGAUUUCAAGGAAAAUUCAUCGCGAAAAUUGAAAAUAAUUUCGUGA